AUGCCCCAAAUUGAUGUCCGAUCGGGACCCUCGUAUGGAACAAUCGACCCGGACCCAAUGGAACACCCGGCGGACGAAGGAGAACAUCUCCUGCACCCGGGGUACGAGACCGAUGGCCACGCCAGCGACUCGACCUCGGAGGAUUCGAUCCAGGAGGGCGUCCGGAAGAUCGAAGCCAUCAAUCUGACGUGGACCACGAAGUCCUUGAUCAUAGCAUACUUCAGCAUCUUUCUCAUGGCGUUCUGUACCUCGUUGGAGAGUCAAACGACCAUUUCCCUUUCGGCUUAUGCCACCAGCGCGUUCAGCAAGCAUUCUUUGAUCUCCACCGUCAUGGUCAUUCAGAAUGUGGUCUUGGCGGUGGUCAAACCCCCCAUGGCCAAGAUAGCCGACGUCUUCGGUCGCUUCGAAGCAUUCUGCGUGAGCAUCUUGAUAUAUGUCCUUGGCUAUAUCCAGAUGGCUGCCUCGAACAACGUUCAGACCUAUGCGUCCGCCCAGAUCUUCUAUUCGGCCGGCUCCACCGGUCUGCAGAUCCUCCAACAGGUGUUCAUCGCCGACAGCAGCAGUCUCCUGAACCGCGCGCUCUUUGCCCUGUUGCCCGAACUACCCUUCCUCGUCACCGUCUGGAUCGGCCCGUCGAUUGCGGACUCGGUGCUCCACAAUCUCUCGUGGCGGUGGGGCUACGGCAUGUGGUCGGUGAUCCUGCCGGCGUCGUUUCUGCCCCUGGCCCUCUCGUUGCUGCUAAACCAACGCAAAGCCCGUCGUCUGAACCUCAUCAAGACGAAGGUGCACCGUCGGACCGGGUUCGUGGCCCGCGCCCGCCGCACCUGGUAUGACCUCGACAUGGGUGGACUGAUCAUCCUGUCGGCGGCGGUCAUCCUGAUCCUAGUCCCCUUGACGCUGGCUGCCAACGCCAAAGAUGGUUGGACGAACAACAGCAUCGUCACCAUGAUCGCGGUGGGCGUGCUGUGCCUGAUCGCAUUGCCCGCCUGGGAGACCUCGAAGAGAUUGGCGCCGCGGCCGCUCCUCUCCUUGCACCUGCUCAAACAACGCACCGUCCUUGCGGGCUGUACCCUCAUCUUUUGGUAUUUCAUGGCCUACUUUUUCGCCAUCCAACCCUACCUCUACUCGUACCUUCAGGUGGUCCAGGACUUUGAAGUCUCCACGGCGGGCCGUGUGACCCAGACCUUUGCAUUCAUGUCGACGAUUUCCGCGUUCGCGGUGUCCCUGUUGAUCAAGUACACGCGGCGCUACCGCAUCUACGCGACCGGCGGGUCCGCGGUGUACAUGCUGGGCUUCCUGCUGAUGUAUCUCUUCCGGCAGGAAGGGAGUUCGUACGCGCAGAUCCUGAUCCCGCAGAUUCUGGUGGGACUGGGCGGCGGGCUCGUCAACGUGCCCGUCCAGCUGGGCAUUCAGGCCGCCGCCAGCCACCAGGAAGUGGCCGCGGCGACGGCGAUGUUCCUCACGUGCAUGGAGAUGGGCGGGGCGGUCGGGGCGGCCAUCUCGGGCGCCAUCUGGACGCAUAACAUCCCGCGCAAGCUGGAGCGGUAUCUGCCCGAGGCGGAGCGGCCGUUCGCGAAGGAGAUCUUUGGGAAACUGACCAAGGCGCUCGAAUACCCGAUGGGAUCUCCCGCUCGGAUUGCCAUCAACCGAUCGUAUCAGGAGACGAUGAACAAGCUGCUGAUUCUGGCGCUGGUUGUGACGCUUCCGCUGAUCCCGCUGAGCUUGUUGAUGGACAACUACAAGCUGGACAAGGUUGUAGGGCUUAGGGGAGUGGAAACCGAGGGAUAA